AUGAGCACGGUGAACAUCGGCAAGAACAACUUUAUCGAGACGGAUAUGGUGGCUAAGCUCUUUUCGAGCCCCAACCUUAAAAUUUGGGCUCAGCAUGCUGCUAACGUCAACAAGCAGGACCCAGAGGGCGCGAUGCUUGCCGCUCUGACGAACGUCUUCGGUGAGAAAGAGGUGGCGACGAUGAUUUUAGUGGGGAAGCUUAGAUGGAGAUCAAAGAGUAUUGCCCAGAAGCUGGAGACCGCACAGUUCAACAAGUGGUACUCGAAGGGGUUUGCAGCAGACGACGUUUUCCGGCAGGUUCUGAAGGCGAAUCGAGACAGGAUUCAUGGCUACCCGAGGUUCAAGGGUAUUUGGAAGGACUACUCGUAUUACCUUAUCAAGAGAGUGGUGAACUAUUAG